GGACUUCUCAUUAUAGUGCAAACUGUUUUGGUCUAUUGGACAUUUUAGACAAGUUUCGCGAAGAAGUAUUGUCUAUUCAACUUCCUUUUUUUAAAAAAUGGAUCUGAAGUUUGAUUUCAACCAUGUCAUGCUCUUACCGCGUGAGUGCGUCGUGGAAUCUCGCGGUGAUACUGACGUAUCUGCAAAGCUCGGAAAAAGAACAUUUAGGAUCCCUUUGAUGGCAGCUAACAUGCCUUCCAUUAUAGACGAAACUAUAGCUAUAGAAUUAGCCAAGAGGAAUUACUUUUAUGUAAUGCAUAGGGUUGAUAUAGACAUACUUCAAUUCGUUGCAAAGAUGAAGAGUUUGGGUUUAUUCACUUCAAUUGCUAUUGGUAUUAAGAAACCAUUCCAUGAUUUGAUCGACAAACUCCAUGCUGAAGGGCUUGUACCCGAUUAUGUCACAAUUGAUUUAGCCAACGGUCAUUGCCAAAGAACAAAGCUUAUGAUUGAACAUUUGAGAAGCAAGUUUGGCGAUGAAACCUUUAUUAUUGCUGGAAAUGUAGCCACUCAAGAGGCUGUUAUUGACCUCGAGAGUUGGGGUGCCGAUGCUACCAGGGUUGGCCUUGGUCCCGGCUAUGUGUGUACCACUUCACCAAGAACUGGUUUCGGAAGUAGGGGAUGGCAGUUGAGCGCAAUAGCUGACUGCGCAAAGGUUGCCAAGAAAGUUAUCAUUGCAGAUGGUGGUGUGAGAUCCAGUGGUGACAUUGCCAAGGCCAUCCACUUUGGAGCCCAUUGGGUCAUGUCUGGACUCUUUUUCACUGGACACAAGGAGUCCCCAGGAGAGGUUGUAGUGGAGAAUAACGUAACUUACAAGACAUACUACGGUAAUGCUAGCGCACAGUGCAAGCAAAGUAACAGUCGCAUAGAAGGAAGGUCUACACUCAUACCAGUUGAAACUUCCCUUUAUGAUAAGCUCAUUGAGGUUGAGGAAGAUUUGCAGUCCGCUGUAUCAUUCUCUGGAGGUACAAAGUUGGAAGAUAUUACCAAAGUGGACCAUGUAUUUAUACGCUAAAUAUCAUAUAGAUA